ACGUACACAUUGAAAACUUUUACAGCUACACUAAACUUCACAACCUGGCUGUUUCUCAAUAACAGCCUUAAAUUUGUACAGAUUUGCUGUUAUUUUAUUUUUUGUAUUCACCUUCCGUUUCUUCUCUGUGUGUCUGGACACGCGUGGAUCUCUGGGUUGAACUCUACAUUUUUGCGCUUUCUUGUGUGAUUCAUCUUGUGGAAAUCGCCGGUAUCAACAUAGAUUAGCGCGGAAUGGAAGAACUCCUGUGAAGCAGGCGUGGACGUGGGUUAUAAGGGGAUGGUGGCUUUGUUGCGCCCCCGGUUGUAAUAAACGCCCAGAGGAAAUUAUUUGACCCGUGUGACACAUCAGUGGAAAACACACUAACCAUGGGUCCCUUGAGUACACCUAAAAAAGGGAGGGAGGUGGGCUCCGUGGACCCCUGGACACCAACAUCUAACCUCAAAAUGCUCAUCAGUGCUGCUAGUCCUGACAUCAGGAACAGGGAGAAGGAGCUGUGUAUGGACAACGACGCGUCCAAACAGGGAAAUGAAAAUGGAGAGGAGUCGGAGAAAAUGAUCAGCAGGAAAGAGAAGAGUCUGGGUUUACUCUGCCACAAAUUCCUGGCCCGUUACCCAGAUUACCCCAACCCUGCCCUCAAUAACGACAUCUGCCUGGACGACGUGGCCACGGAGCUCAACGUGGAGCGCCGCCGUAUCUACGACGUCAUGAAUGUGUUGGAGAGUCUGCACAUGGUCAGUCGUUCGGCUAAGAACCGCUACACGUGGCACGGCCGGACCAAGCUGGCCCAGACCCUGUCCAUCCUCAAACGGGUCGGCGAGGACCACCGCUAUGGUCAGCAGAUGCAGCAGAUCCGACAGAAGCUCCUGGACAAGGAGUUCGACUUUGACGCUGAGGAGAAGGAGAACCGGGAGGUGCUGGACCUGGAGGCGCAGAAGGAGCUGUUCUUUGUGGAGCUUCCAGGGGUGGAGUUCAAAGCAGCCUCCGUCAACAGUCGAAAGGACAAAUCUCUUCGUGUGAUGAGCCAGAAGUUUGUGAUGCUGUUUCUGGUGUCGAACCCUCGGGUGGUCAGUCUGGAUGUGGCUGCGAAGAUCCUGAUCGGAGAAGACCAGGUCGCAGAUCAGGACAAGAACAAGUUCAAGACCAAAGUUCGCCGCUUGUACGAUAUCGCUAAUGUGCUGCGAAGCCUGAAGCUGAUCGAGAAAGUCCACGUGACGGAAGAGAGGGGAAGGAAACCGGCCUUCGAAUGGGUCGGACCUGAGGAGUUUCAACCAGUCAAAGAUGUGGAGAACUUUUCAUCCAUUAAGAAGACUCUCCUGGAGUCUCGAACGUCUAAAGACAACUGUGCCAAAAACCUGUUUUCAUCUCCCACCGGGAAACGCAGCUUCACCCGACACCAGUCGCUCAUAAAACUGGCCAAAAGCAUCCAGGACGACAGACGCAAGAUCAACUCGGCCCCCAGCAGCCCCAUCAAGACCCCCAGUGACUCAAACACUGAUUUUCCCAGUAAAAUGGCCACUCUGGCUGCGAUCUGUCAACUGGAACGUGACCAGGCAUCUGCGUCUGCAGUUGAAGAUCCAAAGCCUCCUCCUCCUCCUCCUGCUGCCACCGUCACCACCACCACUGGAUCGGACCCCCCGGAGCCACCUCAGACUCCAUCACUAACCCCGACCCAGGACCCCGCGGCCCCCACUACAGUCCACCUGACCCCCCACACCCCACUGCUGCCCCAACCCCCCGGCCCCGUCGCCUACAUCCCUGCUCAGUGUUCACCCCUGAUCCCCGUGCUGUUGCCGCAGCAGCAAGGGGGCGGGCCUUAUGCCGUCUACCUGCAGCCGUCUUCGGUCAGGCCACGCCCCCUGGCCCGGCCGCAGCCCACCAGCCUCGCCGUGCGCUCCAUGACCUUCGAGGACAAGAUGGGGCAGAGUCCAACGGGCCAGGCCGCUGCCAAGAACCUGACGGCGUCCAGAGUGUCUGACAUCAGCCCGCUGGUGCUCAAACGGCUCCCAGAGGAUAAUGGGACGGACGUCAGCCCAAACAAAGCCAGGAAGACGGAGACUAGCUUCAAGGACACGUCUCCAAAGCUGUGUGAGAUCCUACAGGCUCGUCUCAAGUCUCGCCGGGGUGGUCCCCUGUCCAGCCGGCCGUCCCCCCGCGCCCUCCACCUGGACCCAGAGUUCGUCAACAGCCCCAGCGGCACCGUGGUCCAUACGAUGAACGAGCCAAGUGUCGAGACCUUCCUGGACCGGGACGAGAAGACGGGCAGCCUGGACAACGAAGCCGGGUUAACACCGAUCAGAGCCAUCCCACUCACACCGGGACAAAUACACACAGAGACUCUGGUCCCAGCUGGAUACCUGAUCCCCAUCUCACAGCAGUCGUUCAUCGGAUACAAAGAACUUCAAGGAUCAGGAAAAGAAAACAAGGCCUCGACUCCUACGUACAACAUCUACCAAACACCAACAGCAGGGUCCAGACCCGCUGUCCCUCAGGAGAUCACCCCCACCAGCCUUCGUGUCCAGAGACCCUCCUCUGCCUCCCCCCUGUCCGCCCAGCAGCGAACCCACAGCCCCAGCCCCGCCAUCCUCAACUUCACCCUCCAGAACCUGGGUCUGAUCUCCAGUUCCAGCCCCGGGAACGCCUUUGCCACCCCCCAGACCCCUGACACCUCCAACAGCCUGUCCAGCCCCCUGCCCGGGGCCCCCAUGGCCCUACAUCAGAGAGGGAUGGUCUUCAUCAAACCUGUGUCCCCGGUGACGGUCCAGCAGUCAGCCCCGGGCCAGGUGGCCCUCAUCAGUCUGCAACAGCCUCUGAUGACAACUCCUAAGGGGGCAGGGCUUCCUCAGCACAGCUUCUUCCACACGCCCGUCCCCCUCUCGCCUCUGGCUGCUGUGGUAACCACCGGCGGACACACCUCCAAAGGUGUCUUCGUGGCUCAGAGGAAGCUGGACGUGAGCAGCGAGGACUCCUGAAGGACGGAGACAUUUCAGACGUCCUCCCUGAAUUGGACGAACCAAGAGUCUUUUUUAUUAGUAUUAUUAAUAAUUUCAAUCCAACAUCACUAGAAAUUAACGAACACUAUCUCAAUGUGAUUCUGGAAACGUGUCCAGAACUGAAUUGUAGAGGACAUUACCAAAUGUAAAAGGUUUAUUUUUUCUUCUUUGAUUUGUUUUGGUUUAAUUAUUUCUUCUGAUUUGUGUUAAAUUCACUUUCCAGGGUUAGUAAACGUCUCAGUGGUGCUUUUAAAAACACAGACGUUGAAUAUUUUUAGAUUCUUUUGGGAAGGCGCUUGUACAUGAUGGGUCAUGGAGACUUUUUGCACACGUGUACAGGUGAACUGUUACUCCUUUCAAAUGAAAUGAGAAUAAUAUGCAAGUUUAAUUUAUAAAAGGAAACUGCUGAUGAA